CGUCCAUCUUAUUUGCAUUCAUCGCGCCACUCUCGACGAAAUGAGAUUCUAUCUGACCUACAGAAAUCAUGGCUUAUACGACCCGGUGCUUGACGACACAGAAGUAAUUUACGUUCCAAUAGACCCUGAUGAGUUAGGAAAUGUAAAUGGACAAGAGAAUAUUCAACGGGAAAAGAAGGAGAUAAUCGAGUGUUAUCAGACGGACUUAGGUACACGUGUGCAACCUGUAGAUAGGUUGAGCAUAGAGCCUGAUGUCGGUAACUUACCUUUACUGGUCAAUCUUGACGAAAUACCUCCAGAGGGAAAAUUCAAGCUGCCUAUUUCUGAACAAUACGACCCUGAUGGAAAACGGGUCAGAUUGUGUAGAAUUAAUGGAAAGAAAGCGGUCAGAUUUGAUCUCAAGCAAAUAAUAAAAGAAGAUUUCGGAGAAAAUGAUAUAUCAGAAAAAAUUCAUAACAUUAUCAGUGAUUUCACAACGGAAUCUAAACUCGAUCAAGAAAGAGCCAUGAAACAAGAUCCAUGUAUAUCCUUCGAACAGAAUGAGGCUACAUAUUUGAAAGUUAUCAAGGAAAGGGCGUUAGAAAUUGUCAGUGACAGUAUAAAUAGGGCAGUAACUGUUGCGAGUGAGGCCAAAGAAAAUAUUAAAAAUGAACUACUGUCAGAAAAAAAUAACUUAUCUGUAUCGAAUGUAAUAAAAGAUUUUGACGUCAAAUUUAAUGAAGUAAACAUUCAAAAGGAAUCUAUCGAAGAGCAAUAUAAGGUAAAUGUAUCUGACGAAAUUAAAAAGUUUGAAAAUAUUGAUAGUCGAAUUGAAAGAAGUGUUGAGGAAAGACAACUACGUACCAAACAAGACAUACAGGAAGCGAUAGAAUCGGGUACCGUCAAUAGAAGAUCUGAAGCGUUCAAAAAAGAAAAUAUCGAACUUAAUGAACCUGUAAAAGUAUAUAAGAAAAGUAGUGUAAUAUCAAAAGCUAUUAAUAAAGAUGAAAAUUUCAAGGACUCGGAAGCAAAACGACGAGUAUUUUCAAUCGGACUACAAACUAUACCAAAUAUUAAAGAAAAGGUUGACGCUAUGCAUGUUAAUUCAAGACUGAAGCUACUAACAACUUUCUUUUUGCAAUUAACUAAUAUAAUGAUCGCGCUGUCCAAGAUUAUAUUGAAACAACCAGUAACAUAUGUGACUCAAACAGAGUACACAAAGAGUAAACAAAAAGAUGUUGCGAAAGAAGACAGGGAAGAUCGAGAUAAUAAAAGCUGGGAGAGUUAUAAUGAUGAAGGACAGGGCUUGAGUAAAUAUAAGUAUGACUACGAUUCACAUGUAAGCGAAGGAGAAUUAAUACGAAAAGGUAAACUGACAGGGGCGAAAAUAGCACAAAUAGAAGGAGGCCUACCAGCUGAUUUAACAGAUAAAAUGGACCUUGUGAUAUCUGAAUUUCAGAAGAGAACAGGUUGCGAAGAACAUACUCGGGAUGAAUUUGAACAGGUUUUUAGGACACAUAGUGAGUCCCGAAGUAAAACGAGAGGUGACGAUUCGUUUUAUAGUGGCACUCGCAGCGAUACAGACACUGGCAGAAGAAAGGUUGUUGAAGACUUCGUUGAAACAAAAACUCAGUCAUAUGAAAUAAAAGAAAUAAAGUCAGAAAAACGUACUUCUGAAUCUAUAUCAAGGACAGAAUCAAAACCGUAUGUCUAUGAGACAAAAGUGGAAGGCGAUAAUUUAACUUAUGUCGCCAUUGUGGAGUCUCACGUUUACACAAAUAAGGAUGCUAUAUUUGAAGAAAAAGUUAUAACUGAUAGUUCAACGAAAUCGGAACGUCUUGAAACUGAAACGCUAGAACUAGACAGAAUUAUUAAAGAUACAACAACGUCGUCUCUUGAAAAAACAAUUUUAAUACCUGAAACUAAAGAAGUAACACUCAAAGAAAAAUACGAAGAGACAAGCGACAUACAAAAAAUUGAAACUGGUUUAGAGGAAGCUUCCAUUAAAGUUGCCGCGAAAAAGAUAAGCGAGGUUCUAGAACCUUUUGUCCAAAUCGCUGCGAAUAAAUCAUAUGCAAAAGAAGCCCAAACCAUUGUGGAGCCUUUUAAUUUAGUAGUUCAAAGUAACGAUGUCACCACCGAAGAAUUUAAACAAUAUUUUGUAGCUACAACUCUAAUGAGCCAAAAAAUAUAUCCGUCUUUAGAGCAACCCACGAAAUCGGUAGUGGAAAUCACAGAAAUAAUAACAGAUGAAAAUGCAAAUCAAGGUGUACAUGUAACCGAUUUAAUUGAGGAAAGGUCUACAGUCCAGAUAGAAGACACAAGAUCAAUAGCGGAAAUCACAGAAAUAUCUCUAACGGAGGAUCAGAAAGAAUCUAAAACGGAUAUUGAAGUAAUUAAAAUAGCAGAAAAAAAUGCUGAUAUCAAAUUUACAGAACUGAAAGCCAUUGAGAAUUCGGUAGUUGAUUUCCAGGAACCUACGCAUACUAUUGAGACACCAAAAACAGAAGAAAAACAGCCAAUCAUUGAAGUUGAAAAUAAAUAUUUAACCGUACCUGAAACCUUUACAGUCCUACCGGAAGAACCCAAGCAAUUAAUAGAAGAAACUCAAAUAAAAACGCAACAAGUUCACGUAGGAGUGAAUGAAUUAGGAGCUGUUGAAACUAUUAUUACUUCCUCAGUGGAACCACAAUUCAAAAGUCUGGAAGUGCCUCCAAUUGUAGAAAAACAACCGAUUGCAACAAUUUCAACGGCUCCAUUAACGGUAGCAGAAAUUAUGACAGUUUUACCAGAUGAGCCUAAAGAUGAAACUUUUUACGUUCCGAAAAUAACGGAAAUUACGCCAUCCGUUGACUUCGAAGCAAAUAGAGCAAUAGAAACUACAACAGUUUGCUUGGAAGAAACUAUAGCUAACAAUUUAGAAUUUGUAAAACUAGCAGAAGAACAAUCUGGUAGAGGAAACGAAGUACCCUCUCUCGUUUUAGCAGAAGUGUGUUCCAUAAUAUCUGAAGAACCUCGGGAAGAAUUUGAAAUUUCAGAUAUCAAGAAUGAAAAGGCUGAAAUAAAGGUGCUAGAUUUCAAAGCAGCGGAAACAAUGAUAGUGGAACCCGAAGAAGGCGAACAAAAUGAGAUAAUUCUAAAAGAGCCAAUAGGCUUUCAACCUAAUCCAUCGAUAGAACCACCUAGUCUGAUGGUAGUUGAAGUAACUACUAUGUUGCCUGAAGAAAUGAAAGGUGCACUAAACGUUCCUGAAGUUAAAACUCAACAAGCUGAAGUAAAAAUACUAAAUUUAAAAGCUGCUGAGACCCUCGUUGUUAAUUCUGAAGAAUCAAAACAGACAGCAUUUAAACCGGAACAGUUGGUAACAGAGCAUCCAAAAACAAAUAUAGAAUUAUCAAAUUUAACUGUACCAGAAAUUUUAGCAACAACAACUGUUGAGACUUCCAACGAAAUUGUAGAUAGUUUGGAAACGACUAAAAUUCUUAAAAAUGAACAACAAAUUUCAAUGGAAGGAAUUGCUUUGAAGGUUGCCGAAGUCACUACAGUUGUACCGAGUGGUCCAAAAGACAAGCCUCUUGAAAUACCUAAGAUAACAGAAUGUAAGCCCUCCAUUGACAUUAUAGGAAUAAGAUCUGCAGAGACUAUUAUGAUACAAGCACAAGAACCAAAAUGUGAAAAGUUGGAUGAUUUUAAAGUUGAAGAAAAACAAGGUAUAACUUCAUCUGAGGAACCACAUUUAACAGUAGCUCAAGUAAUUUCUACGAUACCUGAUGAAGGGAAAGGCGAUUUAAAUGUACCCGAGUUGAAGACCCUGGAAGCUGAAUUGAAAAUAGUAGAUUUAAAGGUUGCUGAAACUACAGUUGUUCAGCCAGAAGAAUCAAAACAAGUGGAAAUUAAAUCUGAACAGCUUGCAGAACGGCGUACAAAAACAAAUAUUGAAUCGAUCAAUUUGUCUGUGCCAGAAACUUUAGCAACGACUAUUGUCGAGUCGUCAAAAAGUCUUGUUGUGCCCUCAAUUUCUAAAAAUGAUCAAAAAGUAUUGACAGAAGAAGUUCUUUUAACCGUAGCUGAGACGACAGCAAUUGUGCCUAGUGGGCCUAAGGAUGAAAUAUUAGAAGUAGCUAAAAUAGAAGAAUGUAAGCCAUCUUUGGAUGUCGUUGACAUAAAAGCUGUUGAAACUAUUUUGGUUCAAUCGGAAGAACCAAAAUUUUCAAACUUAGAAUGUGAAAAAUUAGAUGAGAAACGAUCCGUAACUUCAGUUGUAACUCCUUAUUUGACUAUUGCUCAAGUUGAGUCUACGACGACAGGAGAAGCGAAAGCUGAGCUUGAAGUCCCUGUAUUAAUAAAUCAUAAAGCUAACAUUUCAAUAUUGGAAUUAAAGGCAGCUGAUUCUUUUGUUGUACAACCUGAAGAAUCAAAACAACCAGAAUUGAAUUUAGAAAAAGUAAACAAACAGGAAUCUAUAGCCAAUGUCGAACCGUCAAAUUUGGGAGUAGCCGAAAUUUUAACAACAAAUAUUUCGGAAUCUUCAAAACAUAUAUCAGAAGUGGAGAAAAUUAAAAAUCAACAAGCUCAUGUUGAAGUUACUGAAUAUAAGGCUAUAGAAACCACGGAAGUAGCUCUUGCCGAUCUAACGUAUCAAAAAAUUACAAUACCAGACACAGAAACCAAACAAAUUAAAACAGCAAUGGAAGAAACAGUCCAAUCCGUUGCCCAAAAAACUGAAGUUCAUCUUACUGAAGCUGGAAUUCCUAUUCCUAUAGCACCUAAAGUCCCAAGAAAGGAAGCAAAUAUUAAAUUUAGUUCUAUAAAGCCGAUAGAACAAGAAACAAUAACAACCCUAGAAGUUACUGAAGGUGAUAUACGUGAAAAAACUGAGAGCGUCAGUCGUGCGGCUAGUUUAAAAGUCGUUGAGGCAACAGCAGCCAGCGUUGAACAAACUACAGCAGUAUUAGAAGCUACAAAGCAUACUGUUACAGAAUCAGAAAUACAAGUAAAAGAAAAACAAUCUCAAACACUCAUUGAAAAACCUACUUUAGCUGUAGCAGAAACAAUAACAAUUUUACCACAAGAAUCUAGAAAUGAAUUUGAAGUUAAAGCAACGAAAAAUCAGAAAGCUAAAAUAGGAGUGUCGGAAUUCAAAACUGCAGAAGUAAGCCUUGUUUCAUCUGAGGAAGCGAAAGAAUCACAAUUAAAGUUAAAAUCACUUGACGAAAAGAAGUCAAGAGAAUCGAUCGAGCUAUCAAGAUUAUCUGUUGCAGAAGUUUCAGCAACUACAGUUACCGAAUCCUCAAAGAAUAUAUUAGAAGCAAGGAGAACGAAAAAUCAACAAGCAAGCUUUACUUUUGAAGAACAUAAGGCUGUUGAAACAGAAGAAACUUUUAAAGAUAUGUCAUGUAAAACACUUACUUUACAAGGACCAGAAGAGAGGCAAACACAGACCAAGCUUGAGCAAACAGCUCAAUCGGUUGCGCAAGUGACUGAAGUUCAUGUAAAUGAGGCUGAAAAUAAAAUCUUCGAAUUGAAAGAUAAAGCAAUGGAAGCGAGCUUAGUACUAAAAGCCAUAACACCCUUAGAACAAGAAUCAGUAAUAACGUUGGAGGUUGUUGAAAAUGAUACUCAAAAGUCUAAGCAACUUAGCAAUAAAGCCAAUGUGGCCAUCAUCGAGUCCACAGCUACAGCAGUUCAAGAAGUACUAGCUGUUGCCGAAGUUAAGAAGGAGAACUUCGAAUAUAAAGAAAGUAAUGUUCAAGCAAAUCUCGGGAUAGAGAAGUUAAAGAGAAGAGAAGCGGAAAUAAAAGAAGUAAAUUUACACCAGAAUUUCAAACUUAGCAAGCACAAAUAUAGAAAUGAGCAUGUCAAACCAACAACACCAGCGACUCCAGUGAUUGAGGAAUAUAUGUUUUCACUUGAAGCAGAACUGGAACAUCCUUAUAUUAUAGGACCUGGUGUUUCUGAAGAUGCUUUGUUUAAAAUCAAGGCCCAAAGGAAUCAAAUAGAGAGUGCUGACACAAGUUACACUCUAGCAAUCGAAAGUACUAUUGACGCGGAUUCUGAAGAUAUUGAGGAAAUUGAAGAAGUUGAAAAUUUAUAUUUAGAUAAAAAAUUAAUCGAAAUUCAAGAUACGUCUGUCAAUACAUCUGAAACACAGAGAACCAAAGCUUCUACUCAUAUCGGUUUAGUAUCUCAGGACAUUUCUGCGGAUACUCAAAAUUUGAACGUUAAUCGAAAAAUAUUGAAGCAAAGACAAGCCGCUAUGCAAGAAAAAUCAUUGGCAAAUGGAACGAGUCACAAACGAGUACGAUUUGGUAUAAACGAAUUAGGCGUGUCAUCUGAAACAAAUCAGUCGUCAGUGGAAAUAGCUCAAGACUUAUCCGCAGCAGCUCUCAGUAACGAAGCUAGCUAUAAACUUUCUCUAAAGAAAGCAAUGGCGGGCAAACAAUCCGUAAUGAGUCAUUCGGAGAAUAAAUCACUGCAAGCUAGUAAUGUUGUAACUGGUAUGAGUUCUAAAAUUAAAACAUCGUCAAUUGAAAUAGCUCAAGACUUGGAUGCCGAAGCCAUCAGCAAUGAGGCUAGCUUCCAACUUUCUCUAAAGAAAGCUAUGGCAGCGGAGGAAUCUAUUAAUCAAUCUAAACAAAAGUCACUACAGAGUGGAUUCGUAGCUGGUGCGUCAACUGAUAUUAAUGUGACAUUAACAAGCCCUCAAUUAUCUGCUGAGGCUUCGGGUCAUGAUGCUAGUUACAAACUUUCCAUCCAACAUUCAGCUGAUGGACAUAUGGAAGAAAAAGCAAUGUUCAACCAAGGCUUAACACAGGUCACAUCUCAGUCAUCUUCAAGUGGAACUAAACAAGUUAAAUCGAGCAAAUCUAUAAAAUCAGCACAAAAACAAGAUUCAUCACUUCAGAUGGCCCUAGCUGAUUCAUCAGAAGCCAGUAUGCAACGAAAGGAACAAGCCAGUUACAGUUCAAGGCUAAAUCAAUCAUCGGCGGAGGAAAUUUUUUCAACGGAAACAUACCAACACCUAGACCUAGGCUUACAUGAUUCAGAAUUACACGUAGCUGCAGAUGCAUCUUUAGAAGCCUAUGAGGAAUCUGGAGCGAUGCAAUAUUCAGCUGAAAUAAUAGAAGACGUAUCAAAAAAAUCUUUAUUAAGAGACAAACUAACACUUCGAACUGAUAUCGAAGGAGCGAUUACAAAUGGCUCUAUAUCUUCACCACCACUCGUACCUCCUACUCCUUUGACCGACGAAUACGUAUUUAGAUUGGAAACAGAUAUGCCUGAAGAAUCUCCUUUCAUCCAGAGAGAUUGCUCGAUCAGUCCAGACAGCAUGCAUGAAGAAAUCAUUGUGAAUGGUCUCAUACCGCACUACAAGACAAUAGUUGGGAGAAGGGUAGUAUAUAGCCCUCCUCUUCCCACACCACCUACAUCCCCCGAUAAAACGAAGCCCGCGUAUAGCAAACCUGGUUUAAAAGGCGGUUCUAAUACACUGGAAAUGACUGAGACGGAUAUUCUCGAAUGUCAACGUAAUAAAAAACUUGUACGAGCAAUAGAUCGGACAUUGAGACAGAUAGAGGAAUACAAGGCGUCGGUAGGAAUGACUGAUGAGAUAUUUAGUAACAAAGAAGUUAAGGACAAAACAAUAUCCUCAGAAGAGAAAAGAGAAGAAUAUAUUGACAAAGAAAUCACACCGAUUUACAUCGUGGAAGAAAUAAAGGAAAAAAAUCGAGAAGUUGUAGAUGUUUCCGUAAAAGUAAAUAAUCUCACUGAACAUAAUGGUGACAGGGAAACUGUGACUGUCGUAACAGAUGAUGAAGAAGGAAACGAAGCACGAGAAGAAGAAUUAACGGUGUUGGAACCUGGUAUGUGGAGCGAAGUCAGCUGUGAGGAAUCACCAGAAAAAUAUUCUGAUUCUGAAAUAAUAGAAAAAGAACACAGAGAACAGACUGCAGCUGAUUUGACAGAAGCGACAAUGUUGCCUGAUAAACAAAUUAUUGGAGUCACGUCAGGAACAAGCGAAAUAAAUAAGAUAAUAUCAAAGACGCGCUUUUUACAAUUUUAACUAAAUAAAUAAAUAUAAUGAGCACA